AAUAAAUAAAUAAAAUCUUUUUUUAAAAAAAAGGCUGAAUUUUAUGUCUUGUAAAUUAUGUCUCAAUAAAGCUAUUUAAAAAAAUAAUAAAAAUAAUAGCUCUCGAUUAUCAAGGCAUAACCUUUCCAGGCACCUGCAUGCACCUCAUGCAAUCCUGCCAAGCCAGGGAAGGGGCGCUGUUACCACCCUAUUUCAUAGAUGAGAGAGGCUGAGAUUUGUCCAGGAAAAGCUAGAGUGGUAAGGACAGGAUUCGAACUCGAGUCACUCUGAUUCCAAGACUCUGGGCUCCCUGCCUCUGAGUAUUAAGGACCCACCAUUUGAACACCAGGGUCAUAGGUGCCCACAGUCAUUCCACUCAAAGGCAUUGUUGCCACUUAGAGAUGAGGAUCUGAGGCCCAGAGGGGAAUGACUGGGUACACAGUUGUUGACUCAACUUUUGAGUCCUUGCAGUGUUAGGCGUUGAGUACGCCCGCCACUCAGGGUUGCCUCCUCGCAAUGCUUCUCCUGACCUCCAGGACCCUGACUUUCCCUGCCUUCAUCCCUUCUGCACUCAACGUGGCCCCUCAUCCCCAUCCCCAGACUGUGCUAAGAAUCUGGGUGGCUCAGUCGUUAAGCAUCUGCCUUCAGCUCGGGUCAUGAUCCCAGGCUCCUGGGAUCGAGCCCCGCAUCGGGCUCCCUGCUCUGCGGGAAGCCUGCUUCUCCCUCUCCCACUCCCCCUGCUUGUGUUCCCUCUCUCACUGUGUCUCUCUGUCAAAUAAAUAAAAUCUUAAAAAAGAAUGAGGAACAGAACAAGGCAGUAGCCGCCACUUACUGUACCCUAGACCCUGAACUUUCCUAUUUAAAACCCAUGACAGCCGGAGCGCCUGGGUGGCUCAGUCAGUUAAGUGCCCGCCUUCGGCUCAGGUCAUGAUCCCAGAAUCGAGCCCCACGUCCAGCUCCCUGCUCAGUGGAGAGCCUGCUUCUCCCUCUCCCUCCUGCUCCCCCCGCCUUGUGCUGUCAAAUAAAUAAAUAAAUAAAAUCUUUAAAAAAAUUAAAAAAAAAAAACCCAAAUGACAACCACUUGUUAGGUCUACAAACACCCAAGCCUGCUCAGGGCUGGACCCUGGCUUGGGUGCGGAGGACAUAAGUGCAUCAGAUGCUUCUGGUGUGGCUGGGAGGCAGGCACAGCAGGGGCUCAAGGGGCUGCAGGUUACACCAGAGGAUGGGGAGCAGCAAAGGCUUCUUGGAGGAUGACCCUUGAGCUGACUCAGUUUCCCAGGAUGAGCAAGAGUGCUCCCCAGGGGUCAAUGACCACCCUCCAUCCCCACCCAGGGCUUCAAAACCUGUGGCACCCAUAGCCCCCUGGACUUCCCUGUCACAACACUGAUGUCCAUAUAUGGCAACUGCUCACUUGGGAUCUGUCUAUUCCUGUUUCCUUAAGGACAGAUCCUUCUCUGUACCCCUAGAAUUGCCCAGAACAGGGUGGGCAGCGGGUCUCUGCUGAAUGAAGAAAAAGGGUGGAGUGGGAAACAGGCAGGCUGAGGGCUGUAGGGGACAAAGGCCUAAAGGCCGGAGGCAGCUCUUGUUAUCAAGGGGUCCACCUCCCCCUCUCAAACUGGUUUCUCCUUUGCGGUUUCUCCAGCUCCGCCCUCUCAGCCCCUCCAGCUUGGUUUGCACAGCUUCCUGCUCCCAGCACUCUCGCCUGCAGCACCAUGGCAGUAAUUGUCUACCUUUCCUGCCUCCUGGCCCUGUUGGUGGCAGGCCUGCCCCAAGGCAUCAAGGGCUCCCUCAGGAACAAGGACCCAGGUCCCCAGCCACUGGAGCUGAAACAGGUCUUCAUGUUGUUCCAGAUCCAGUACAACCGGAGUUACUCAAACCCAGAAGAGUAUGCUCGUCGCCUGGACAUCUUUGCGCGCAACUUGGCCCACGCUCAGCAGCUGGAGGCGGAAGACUUGGGCACAGCCGAGUUUGGGGUGACUCCAUUCAGUGACCUCACAGAGGAGGAGUUCGGCCAGCUCUAUGGGCACCAGAGGAUGGCUGGAGAGGCACCCAGCAUGGGCAGAAAGGUGGGGUCUGAAGAGUCGGGGGAGUCACUGCCCUCCAGCUGUGACUGGCGGAGAUUGAAGGGCAUCAUCUCACCCAUCAGGCAGCAGGUACCUGCCCCCAUCUGGCCCAGUCCAGCCUCGGUGGCAUGGCGGGGGGCGGGGCGGGAGAGGCCCGGACACCUUCCCACCGCCCCCCUUCCCGGCCAGGAAAACUGCAACUGCUGCUGGGCCAUGGCCACAGCGGGCAACAUCGAGGCCCUGUGGGGCAUCAAGUACAACCAGGUGGUGCAAGUCUCCGUGCAGGAGCUGCUUGACUGUGGCCGCUGUGGGGACGGCUGCAGGGGUGGCUUCGUCUGGGACGCCUUCAUAACUGUCCUCAACAACAGUGGGUUGGCCAGUGAAAGGGACUACCCAUUCCAGGGGGACGUCAAACCCCACAAGUGCCUGGCCAAGAAGUACAAGACGGUGGCCUGGAUCCAGGACUUCAUCAUGCUGCAGGACAACGAGAAGACAAUUGCCCGGUACCUGGCCACCGAAGGCCCCAUCACCGUUACCAUCAACAUGAAGCUACUGCAGCAAUACCAGAAGGGUGUGAUCAAGGCCACACCCGCCACCUGUGACCCCCAGGUUGUGGACCAUUCUGUCCUGCUGGUGGGUUUUGGGAAGAGCAAGUCGGUGGCGGGGAGGCGGGCAGAGGGAGGUGCAUCCCAGCCUCAUCCCCGCCGCUCAAUCCCGUACUGGAUCCUGAAGAACUCCUGGGGUGCUGAAUGGGGUGAGGAGGGCUAUUUCCGGCUGCACCGUGGGAGUAAUGCAUGCGGCAUCACCAAGUACCCGCUCACGGCCCGCGUGGACCUACCGGUGAAGAAGCGCCCAGUGUCCUGCCCUCCCUGAGCCUGCGCCGCCAAGCCUCAGCCCUCUCCCGCUAUGCCUGCUGUCUCCUCGCCCCCACCCAAGCCUUUUGCCUGUCCUCCUAAUCCUGCUAUGGCUUGA